AGCGGGCUGACAAUGCAUUACUGUUGUUUGAAUUAGAAGAGAGCGGUUCUCUGCAUUAGCUAUCAUCUCUCUAUGGCAUCGCACGCCAGGUGCUGAAGGCCAGUCCUUCACUCCUAUGUCAGUAUGCGCCUCGUGCAGACGGCACUGAUAUUGUUGUUGCCAUCAAUCAUCUUCGCCUCGGCACGCCACCAGUUACGGGCAAUACAAGCUCGCAUACCCCAAUCGCUGGCAUCACCUCUAUAUUCCGUCAUACAUGCAGAAGAAUGCCAGGCAAUUACGAACGUUACGUCCGCGCUGACGGCCGUUCCGGACUACCAGCUGCUUUGUUCUAGCCAGCUUAGCAUACCCAUUCCCACGAUUACGGUCACAAAUCCGAGAACCGUAACGACAACGACUAUUUCACUGGUCCAGCUCAAUGAGACGGCUUUGGAGACUUCAACAUCGGUCGUCGUGGAAACGAGUACAGCGAUAUCCGAUGUGACUGACCUUGCGACUGCCGUGAUUACUUCUUUAUCAGUGAUUACAGUCACGAGCACAACCACAUCGGGGUUGGACCAAACGACAAAUGUGGUCUCUACAGCGGUAUUAAGUACCACGGUGUACAGUACGCUCACUGAAGCUGUCAACGCACUCACCACCAUUACCACCACCCAGUUUUUGGAAACGACAACAACCAGCACCCUGACAUCAGCGCUUGAUAUCCUCACCACUGCCCUCGAAUCCACGACAUCGACCUUGUUCGACACAGCUACGAUUACAAGCACCAUUAAUCAAUUUUUGACCGAAAUCUCGCUGACCACGACAACGACCACUGUCACUGGGACUAUAACUCAAGCUGUGAAUGCUCUGACUACCACCUUUGAUACGACAAUCUCGCAACUCACUGAGACGGCUACUAUCACUUCUACCGUGUCGGCGAGGACUUUGACACAGGUCUUGGCGACAUUGACCACCACUAGUGUUUCGACAUCGACCAUUACGGUAGGAUCUCUCACUACUAACAUUGCACAGGCCACGUCCACAAUCACCCAGACUGCAACGGUUACCUCUGUCAUCAUCGGCAGUACAACGAGCUUGGCUUUGGACACUUCCACGCUGACCCAGAUCACAACCACCACAUUUACGGCCAAUUCUUUCACUACAUUCAUAGCCACCGAGACCAUCUCCAGCACAAGUACCGAUACCAUUACUUCGACGAUCGGAUCCGUAACUACCACUGUAGCUGAAGAGCUAUCUGUACUUACUGAAACACAAACAGUCUCUUCUACCAUAAUCGGGCCUACUAUCACGAACCUGAUCUCGGCCUUUUCGACCGUCACGGAGACUGCAACCAUAACUUCCGUGAUUGGCGCCACUACGACCUUGUUCGAAAGUGCUGUGUCUACAAUCACUCAAACAGACACAAGCACAUCUACGCUUGGUCUGGCAACAACACAGAUAGCUCAAGUCACCUCUACUACUACUGCGCUGGCUACAAUAACUUCCACGAUCCAAGUGGCGACUACGAGCGAAGCAGUAACUACUUCCAUAAUUACGCGAUUUUCGACCUUCACUUCAGUACUAGGCGUCACUACGACAUUGUUUGACAAUGCAGUGUCCACAAUCACCACAAUCGAUACUAGCACUUCAACAAUCGGCCUAGUGACGACGCAGAUAGCCCAGACGAUUUCUACAACAACCCAGCUUGCUACAAUUACCUCGACCUUGACAACAGGCACAACGAUAUCAGCGUCCGAGACCUCUUUGACAACGCAGACCGUCACAGUCACCUCGACUCUCAAUUCUCAGACCACCCUCAUUGGGACGAUCGUAUCCACGAUCACCAGUACUGAUACGAGUUACUCGACCAUCGGCUUGGACACCACACAGAUAGCUCAGGCCACCUCUACUACUACGCAGAUUGCUACAAUCACAUCGAUUGUCCAGGCGACAGAGACUGAUAUCGUGCAAGCGACCUCGAUUCUGACUCAAACGACAACGACAACAUCAACGAUCAAUUCCGUAACUACUCUCAUCGGCACUUUCUCGUCAACGAUCACGGCCACUCAGACCUCAACUAGCACAAUUGGCUUAACGACAACGAAUGUGGCGAUAGCUACUUCUACAAGCACGGCGACGAUUCUGACUACAUCAACAAUCAAUUCGAUCACGACGUUUCAGACUGCUGUGACGAGCACGAACACUCUGACUGCCACUAUCAUCUCGACGGUAGGCUCGGUAACUACGCAGAAUAUUAUCACUACAGUGCUGUCUCUUUUGACGGGCUUGAUCCCGAAUCUUUCGACGAAUAUUGUGACGAAUACUGUCACGAAUACUAUCACGAAUACAGCGACAUCUACAAGUACUUCAACGAUUGUCAUAUCCGCCACCGCAAGUAUCAUCGCGAUUACAGCUACAGCGACGAUUUCCCUGACACAGACAAAUUCCGCCACUCAAACGACCUCGAUUACGUCCACAUUGACCGCGACUAACAAUGUGACAUCGACUGUCAUUGGUGUGGCGGUAACUCGCAGCGUGUGCAAUGGAGUGGUUCUGGCGAAGCGAGAUGCCCUGCCAGUAGCAUAUGCCCUACCAGAAGCAUAUGCCCUGCCAGAGGCAUAUGACAACGAGCCAUCGCCGCCGGCUGCGCCCAAGUGUGGCAUCAGGGGCUACGAUGCGAGCAUUGCCCACACGUACUUGUCUACGCAUCUUGCAUGCAGUCUCGCAACUUGCAUGACGCUGUGCAGGAGCCAAGGCCGAUGUCAGAGCAUGAUGUAUGGCGUACGCAUAUUACGACCGAAGCUGUUGUCUCGCACCACCGGACAUCUCCACCUCCACCGUACCACAUCUCACGACUUCGGGGCAGAUGACCUCGCACAGUAUAUCAUCAAUAAUGUCCAGCUCGAACCUUUCAAGCACAUCCUCAAUCACCUCGACAUCUUCGAUCCAGACACUGCCCCCAGUCUCGACAUCCACGCCCGGCACAGGGACUUCUGUGAUCACUUCCGUCCCUACGUCUGGCUUACCCUCCUCCUCACCACCGCUACAAUCUAG